AUGAAGCUUCGCGUUUCAAUCUUCUUCAUCUUCAUCAUCUCCACCUCCAUCGCCCAAUCCCAACGACUCUCUCUUCUCCCCAACGAAAACGGCUUCUCUCCUUCCGCUCUCGUUCUUCCUCCAUCACCAAAACCUGCUACGGCACUGGUUGCUGCCCUAGACGGUACUGUUUACCUCGUUGAAAGUGCUUCUGGAAGGGUAAUUUGGUCUUUUUCUACUGGAUCCCCAAUCUAUCAUUCCUCCGCCAGUACUCCGUCUUCUGGACUCAUCGAAUGUGGUGAUGACUGGGAAUUGAUCUUUCAUGAUACCCACUUUGGCAAAACGAGGCUCAAGGAAUCUGUUGCUGACUAUGUUGCUGUUACACCUAUUGUGUCUAAAGAUGGGGCUGUUAUACUUGGAUCCAAAAGGAGCACUGUAUUUGAAGUCGAUGCCAAAACUGGGAAGCUCCUUAGAAGCUACGGUGCUGCUGAUUUUCAUAAUGCUUCUACUACUGCAGUCUGGAGUGCUGACAAGGACAGACACAAAGUUAGUACUGUUGUCGGUGCAAAUAAUAACCAGCUUGCUGAUCCAGGAAACCUCAGUUUACCAGAGUUCUUGCUCCAGAUAGUUAGGACCGAUUAUUUUUUACAAUCUGUGGGUCCUGGUUCGGGAAUAGUGUUGUGGACUAUGUCAGUAGCUGAAUUUGAGGCUGUAUUAUUUUGCAAACAUAAUGAAAAUCCUACCUUCAAGGCUUCCGCUUCCGCUUCCCUUGAUGCAGAAGGUGAGUAUGCUUUUGAUGUUGACAGUGGCUUGGAUUUUGAUAUGCCGUAUGCGUGUCCAGACAGUAAACUCAGAGAAGUCUAUCGCCAGCGAAAGAAUUUUCUGUUUGAACCUGCUAACUUUGAAAGAUUAUCUGAUGUUAGUUCUUAUCAACAACAUGAUAUGCUCCCCAUGCCGGUUUCACAUCUGAUGCUUCCAUCACAACCUAAGAAUGAAAAAUUCCUCCCUGGUCAUAAUGUUGUGCUCUCUCAGCCCCAUAUGGAGAUUGCUGCACCAAGGGAAAUUGAUCUGAACAGGGUGAUUGAAUUGUUAAUGACAUUAUUGGCUGUAUUAUCUGUGGUCUUUCUUCUGAUAUUUUACCAAAAUCGAUCUACAAAUAAAGCUACAUCGAAGGUCCAAAUCAGUGGCUUAGAUUUGAAAAGCCCACCUUCUAAGAAAAAGAGAGCACGUAAGUCAGGAAAAAACAAUGUCAUUGUUGAAAAACAGGAUAAUCAUCUGUAUUCAGUUGAGGAGAAUAUACGAAUACAUAAGGCAGCCGAAAAUGAAGCACGGUUGCUGUAUAAUAAAGUUAACGGACGCAGGAUCGGUAAACUGCAUGUAUCUAAUAAAGAAAUCGCAAAGGGAAGUAAUGGUACCAUUGUUCUUGAGGGGAUAUAUGAAGGUCGAUCAGUUGCUAUCAAACGUCUUGUUCAGGCUCAUCAUGAUGUAGCUCAUAAAGAAAUCCAAAAUCUCAUUGCUUCUGACUUUCAUCCAAAUAUUGUCCGAUGGUACGGCGUGGAAUAUGAUCAAGAUUUUGUUUAUCUUGCUCUGGAACGUUGUGCAUGCAACUUGGAUGAUUUAAUUAGUAUUUAUUCAGAUAUGUCAGAAAAUCCAGUGCUAAACAAAGAUCGAGCUUUUGAAUUUUUCAAGAAGGCCCAGAUAGAGACACAGGGGGAUGAUACACAGUGUCUUUGGAAAACAAAUGGUUAUCCAUCUCCUCUUUUACUAAAGCUGAUGAGGGAUGUGGUUUCAGGGCUUGUUCAUUUGCAUGAACUAGGAAUAAUACAUCGCGAUUUGAAACCCCAAAAUGUUUUGAUAAUCAAGGAAAGAUUAUUAUGUGCCAAGCUUUCUGAUAUGGGGAUUAGCAAGCGACUUCUUGAAGAUAUGUCUUCAUUAGGCCAUAGUUCUACUGGCUGUGGCAGUUCGGGUUGGCAAGCGCCAGAGCAGCUUCUUCAGGGACGUCAAACACGGGCUGUGGAUUUGUUUAGUUUAGGCUGUGUCCUCUUUUUCUGUAUGACAGCAGGUAGACAUCCAUUUGGAGAUCGUCUCGAGCGUGAUGUCAAUAUUGUUAAAAAUAAAAAAGAUCUUUUCUUAGUGGAGUUCUUUCCUGAAGCUGAGGAUCUUGUUUCUUGUUUAUUAAACCCUGACCCCAAUCUAAGGCCAAAGGCGAUUGAAGUAUUGCAUCAUCCUCUAUUUUGGAAUUCUGAGAUGAGACUUUCAUUUCUUCGUGACGUCAGUGACAGAGUGGAACUUGAAGAUAGAGAGACUAAUUCUGUUCUUUUAAAUGUAUUAGAAGGCACAGCUCCAAUGGCUUUAGGUACAAAAUGGGACGAAAAGAUGGAAUUGAAUUUCCUUGCUAACAUUGGUCGUUACAGGCGAUAUAAAUUUGAUAGUGUUCGAGACUUGUUGAGGGUCUUGAGAAACAAGCUAAAUCAUUUUAGAGAAUUGCCUCUAGAAAUUCAGGAACUGAUAGGACCUAUUCCAGAAGGAUUCAAUGAGUACUUUGCAAGUCGAUUUCCAAGGCUCUUGAUUGAAGUGUACAAAGUUAUAUGCAAUUAUUGCAAAGAUGAUGAAUGUUUUCAAAGAUAUUUUAGAGACAUUGAUUAA